CAGUAGGAUUUUGGACAAAAUUGUAAACAAGAUUCGCUGCACGCAAUUAGUAUGCAGGAUGGUAACAUGAAAAGAUGAUGAGAGUUCUUCGUCGAAAAAUCGUUGUUCUUGUUGUAGCUGCAUAUGUUGCAUUUUCAUUGUAUGCGGCAUAUAAUGUAUUCUUCAGUAAGAGGGUUAUGUCUCGCGUCCACAGAGUGGUGAAAAAGGGGUCUGCUGGUGGUGGUGGCGAUGCGAAAAUUGACCCCAAGCAUGCACAGAAUCCAUCCACAGUGGAAAAGGAAUGGAACCCUUGGGAAGAAGACGAUUUGGCGGAAGAAAUCAGCAUCCGGCAUAAACGAGAUACUUUCAAGGAGCAUUUAGACUUAAUUGCCAAAAGCAGACCCAAGAGAUACAAAGUACAGAUCUGGGGCAAAGCGGCCAUAGGCCUCUAUUUAUGGGAGCAUAUACUAGAGGGUCCUCUGAAUCCCACUGACAAAACAGGCCAGUGGAGAGAGGGGGAGAUCCAGUCAGGCAAAAUCAAUUUCAGCUUUUAUACAGGCCCUGCUGUGGUUCAGGGGCACAUUCCUGUUGACACAGACAGUGUGGUGCUGGUUUUAAAUGGGCGCGAGCAGCAGAAGAUCUCCUACUCCACACAGUGGUUGCAGCACGCACAGGCUCUGGUACAGGCUCACACCCUGACCCAUGUGGCUGUAAUCCUGCUGGGAAGCGAGCAGUGCACCAAUGACUGGAUCAGCCCGUACCUCAGACGCCAUGGCGGCUUCAUCGAUGUGCUGUUCCUGGUGUACGACAGCCCGUGGGUCAACGAUAAGGACGUCUUUCAGUGGCCCCUUGGAGUGGCUACGUACAGACACUUCCCUGUCAUUAUGCCAAGUGCGCAACUGGUGAGCACAACUAGGCCUUACCUCUGCAAUUUUCUGGGAACAGUCUACAAGAACUCUUCACGAGAGGCCCUUAUGACCAUCCUGAAACAGGAGAACCUUGAGAAGGAGUGCAUCACCAAUGCCCGGGAGAAGUGGUUGCCCCAGGAGACGGCGGAGUCCCUCCGUCAGUACCAGUCCGCACUGGCGCAGAGUGAGCUCACCCUUUGCCCCGUGGGCGUGAACGCCGAGUGCUACCGCAUCUACGAGGCCUGCGCGUCCGGCUCGCUGCCCGUGGUGGAGGACGUCCAGACCAAAGGCAGGUGCACGGAGGGACACGGCUCCCCGCUCCGGCUUCUCAAGGACGCCGGCGCACCAUUCAUCUUUGUGAAGGACUGGAAGGAGCUGCCGGCCAUCCUGCAGAAGGAGCGGGCCAUGAGCCAGGCCCAGAGGGAGGAGAGGAGGAGGAGGCUGCUGGAGUGGUACAGCGGCUUCAGGCAGCAGAUGAAGGAGCGCUUCACCGAAGUUCUGGAGGAGGCCUUCUUUAAAGUCAGCUGAGCAGCUAGGGGGCGCUGUAGGGAAGGACUGGUGACUGGUCAGCUUGGGAGAGAGCGAGGGAGGGUAAUUGGGGAAUCUGUCAUUUUGUCAAUUUGAUUCCAUUGCAUGCCAAGCACUAAAAUAUUAAGUACAUGUCAUUUAUUACUUUUAGCAGUAGUGUAUUAAACAUAUUCUUAAUGACUCAAUGAUACAGCUGCUGCAAACCAUACUGUUUUUGUAAAGCUUCAAUAGCUGACAUUGUCUUCUGACAGAUGUCACCAAAAUACAUGGUCUGUUUCUAAAAAUUCACAAUUGUAAAUCCAACCAGGAAACUUCCAUAGAAACUGUAUGGGUGUGUGUAUUGCACACUAAAUGGAACGCCGUACCUGUUUGGGAAAAUCUUAUACGUACUGGUAAUGUGAUAUUACCAUGCCAAACAACAAAACACAACCAUCUGACUUUAGCCAGCCAGAGAAACAGAAAAAAAUAUCCCUUAUAUAUAAGUAGCAUUUUAUGAAAAAAAUAUUUUCCCAAGGAUUACUCCACAUGGCUUGCAUGAUUUGUUUAUAUAACCCUUUUCAGGUCAGCGUACUGCACCCACCGCUGUUACAUGUUGCAUUGUGCAUCAACAGCUUCCAUCAACACUAUACAGAUUAACAC